UGGGUAUGCCACCCGAACCGCUUCUUCCUCGCUGUUCGUCCAGCCGAGAACGAGAUUUGGUCGUUUGGGUCAGCUUACGGCGAGAACGCUUUCCUGAGCAAGAAGUGCAUCGGACUCCGUCUAGCAUCCUAUCGUGGUUGGAAAGAGGGUUGGCUUGCACUGAACGCGGCCCUGAUUGCCGUCAAAGGUCCUUCCGGGAAAGACGUAUUCGGCUGUGUGGCAUUUCCACCUGGCGUUGGAAAGACCAUGGUCGCUUUGAUGACUCCAGCUCUCCAAAAAUGGCAGGUUCGAGUUCUUGGCGACGACAUUGUGUGGAUCAAAUGUGGAUCGGAUAAAGUGAUGUACGGUCUAGCGCCAGAAAAUGGAAUUUUUGGCUGUCCCAACAAUGCGACUCCAGAGAAUGCAGCCAAUGUCCUCAAGAUGCUUAACAAAAACGCUAUGUUGGUGAAUUGUGCAACAACUAACAAAGGUCGAUUCUUUUGGGAAGCCUUGAAGGACACUUUGGAGGGAGACGAACGAGUGAGCGACUGGAAUCGAGAGGAGUGGAAGCCAGAGCACAGAAGAAGUGAUGAGCUCCGAGACGAGAGUGAAAUCCGGCAAAAACUGGAUAAGGCAUGA